AUGGAGGCCAAGGAACAGCUGGCCCAACAGCUUCUUUUGCACUUCGGAACCCUGCUCGGCGGAAUCUUCACAUUGUUCUCUUCGAUGUCUGGAGGCGUGGACUGGGCGGAUGUCGCCAGAAUGCUCAAUGAGGUGAGCUUGCUCCUAGCACUGCUCUUCGUUGUGUACAUGUGCUUUGCACUCUUCUGCGUCCUCAAUGUCAUGACCGGGGUGUUUGUGGAAAAUGCCAGCCGAAUGACAGCCGCUGACGAGGAGAUGUGCAUGAUGGAAGAGCUCAGAGCUCGAAAGGACUACGUGGACACCGUCAGUCGCCUUUUCUCAGAGUGCGACGUCGACAACUCCGGCAACGUGAACUGGGAGGAGUUCCAGGCAUGUGCAUCGGACCUUCAUUUCCAGACUUGCUUCAAGAAGCUUGGGAUAGCAAUCGACACAGAAGCCGAACUCAGAAACGUUUUCCACAUGUUGGAUUUUCAGAACAACGGAAGUGUGUCGGUCGAGGAGUUUGCCAUCGGAAUCCAGAUGUUCAGUGGAGGUGCAAAAAGCAUCGAUGUGGCCAGGUUGAUGUUCGAAGUGGCCACGGUCAAAAAGUAUAUGGCCAACGUGCAUGAAGCCUUGGUUGGACCAGUGGAUCCUGAUGACCAUCCAGAGUUUCUCGGUGCCCAGCAGAACAGGCAGUCGGAGGUGGUGAGCGAGGAGAUGCUGCCGGGAGAGGUCCCAGGUCAGCACGAUGCAAAGCCGACGGAAGAUGGCCAAGGCAUGCAGGGUGUUGUUCCGGUUCAUGCUCCGAUGAAGGCGUGGUUAGACUGA